UAAACACAUUCGUUUUCAUUCCCAUCAAUACAAUUGAAAACGCGUUCCUAUUCAGUUAGAUUUUUCACUCAUAGUUACUUUCCUUGAAAAAAAGUGCAUCCAUCUCCACGGAAGAUCAGCGACAUGUAUGAACCUCCUCGUCAAGUUCUAGACUAUCGUCACAUUGAACAAAUUAACACUGUGAUCUUUCACUUUCGUGAGCUAUCCCGUCAGGUGACCAUGCAACUAGGAGUGGUUCCCAGUUCGGUUAUUGCUGAACUUCGUGGUCUAAAUCAACGAAUUGUUCACGCAAUUGAACUCAUCGAAGGCGACACGGUUCGUAAUGAACGGGCUCCAUUUGAGGCGAAAUUGGAGUUCUACCACCAGGAAUACGAGGAAAUCAAAGUUCUAUUCAACGAGCUUGAGAGUAUUCUCAACAACUCACCGUCACUUUCAAUGCAGUGAAAUGUAAAUUAUUGUUUACUCGUCUUUAUAAUGUUUCCAAACGUUCAAAAACUAGUAACAAUUUACAAAAACUAGUAAUUGUUACUGAUUGACUUUAUUGCUUUUUUAUGUGAUCCUUUAAUCGUAAUGAACUAGUGAGUUACCACA